AUGAACUCGAAGCCAUCGUUUGAUUUUCUCUCAUCAGUACUGGAUAACAUGGAUACACUAACAGCACCAUUCUUCUCGACAUUCCAGACCUCACAAAAUAACGAAACGAAACAAUCUUCACCAUUGUUCGAGUUGCCAAACAACGUUCUAGACAAUAUUGUUUCAUAUAUUCCGCUCAAAGUUCGCACGUUGGCAGUGGCUCCUGUUUGCCGUGCCCUACGAGAUAGCGUCUAUCGUUCGAUUAACUCCGUUGCUUUCUAUAAAACACAGCUCGACGAGCUCAGUGACACACGUAUCAAGUAUUUUCUCAGCAUCCAUGGAUCGAAGAUAACUGCUAUUAACUUUGAUCUGUUCCGGUCAGUAGAGGAUGAGGCGUGUACUCAGUGGAGUUGGCGUCAAUCCGUUAUCACUGCAGUGAAGAUGUGUUCUAAUCUCAGAGAACUCGAUAUUCUGAUUUGUAAGCGUCAUCGACUAAGAGACACCGAUUUACUUACGAUUUUUCGUCAGUGUCCACAACUGCAAGUACUAUGUAUCGAUGCUCAGUAUCUCAGUGGGCAUUGUUUUCAGAUAGCACCUGUAGGAUUGAUUCGUCUAGAAUUGGAGAUGUGUUUGCGUUUAUCGGAGCUUUCAAUGCGAUAUAUUUUCACACGUUUAAAGAAGUUAAAGGUUUUAUAUUUUUCGCAAUUGAAAAUUCUUAAUGAUCAGAUCGUUAGUGGUUUGGUGAGCAAUAUGAAGAAUCUGCGAGAUCUUUCCAUCAUCGGCAAUCCGAGCGCUCCAAAUCUAGCUGACGCGAAGUUGGUACAGAUCUUCGUUGUCGUUGUCGUUGUUCUUGAUGUUGUUGGUCGAUGGCUGACGUUUCGGCGACUUCGCCUUCCUCAGAGCCUAGACGAGUUAAGUGAUGCUGUUAACAAUCCGGCAGCUCGUAGUAUCAGAAGUCUUUCGUUGGCGUUUUGUUUCAACUUCAGCUCAGUGGGACUACAACGGUUGGCGCGGAUGACGAAAUUGGAUAGUUUGAACCUUGAUGGCAUCACGAAACGAGAUAUUUCAUCUGGUCUUCUAAAAAUCGCCGAGGAAGGCCGACUGAUUAGGUUACUACUUGCCGAAGAAACGAAUGUAAGCACUGAUAUACUGAGAGAGGUUGUUCGUGUAUCACCUCAUCUUCGUCUACUUGACAUCAGCAACAAUGAAGCGUUAACAAGUUGGGGAGCUGCUAAUUCAUUGGUGGAUCUGUGGGUAUCGUCUGGACGGCCAUCCUUAACUAUUCUGACCAACAAUCAUCUUCCGUGGAGUACGAUCAAAAUGCCACCAUCACGUUCUCCAUGCACACCUCCUGCGGUUUCAGUUGUACACUUGCACAGGAAUACCGUGGCAAAAUCUGAGAUAAUUCUUGGGAGUGUUCUUUCUCGAGAUGAUUCAUCUCAGUUACCGCAUGGCUUGCUUUUACCACGUCUGCGUCGUGGUAACAGGUACCGUCUACUCUGCUCCCUACUAUCGAUGUCACAAGAAUUAACGGACCUUGAUGAUCAGAAGGAGAAUUCGUGUUCGCGCGCUCUUCACCAGCCUGUUUCGUCACGAAAGCCUCAGAAAAAUUCGUCAACUAUCCCAACCGUAUCUGCGCGUUCGAACCCGUCCAUUCCGUUGGUUGGUGUACAACAUAGUAAUCUUAAAAGCUCUCCCAUGUUUGACACAAGUGUUGUCGAAAAGCUUGCUCCUAGCUCGAUAAGUUAUCUUUCAUCUUCUGAAACGUCAACUGUAACACCUACAAUGCUGUCCGACUUAUGUCCUAGUGCGUAUUCGGCCGACUUAAGUCAAGUUAUAUCUCCUGAUAUGAGUAAGAUUUUUGUCAUAGGUCACAUUGUUGGUGUUACUUCUUAUUGGCUUGAACAGAAGGAAAUGCCAUUUUCUGGACAGGAGUCGAGAAAAUGCAAAGAUUUUGUGCUGUUUAUGAUGGUUCUAACCCUGGAAGCAUGGAUGAUUUUACUGUCGGCGAAUCAAUCCUACGACACUUCGAGAUUAUCGCUCACGGAUCCGCUGUCUAUAUUGACAACUGGCAGUGCUGGAGCGCCACGUCCACCAUUUGAGAUCCCACAACAACCUCGGAUUCACUAUACUCGCGGACCGCGAAACAAACGUCGUUCCAAUCAACAAAAGCGAUCGCCACGAACUGCACUUCCACCAGUAUCGUUCAGUUCAACAGAUUUUCCUCCGUUGAAAUAG